AUGUCGAUGAGAGAGGACAGAGAAGAUCAUCCGGCAGCCAAGUUUGGCCCAGCCGGCCAUGUCAUCUACCAUGGGGAAGAAUGCGAACCUGAACCACGCGCCAAUUACAUUUCGGAGCUGUUUCGUCCCUGGAUUAUACGCCAGUGGAUUGACGCCGGCAAGAUACACCGCGAGCCCACUCCGCGCGAGACGCCCCGAUUCGAGCUCUUCUUCGAUCUGCUUUACGUGGCGGUCAUUCACCAACUGGCUGAGGAAGCGAUCUCGGAACCCGGCUGGCCCGCUGUCGUCCGCUUCGUGCUGGUCUUCUGGCCCAGUUGGAGUAUCUGGGAGGAGGCACGCAAGUAUUCGAACCUGUCAGGCACCGACGACUUGCUACAUCGGUUUUGGAUCUUGAUUGGCACAAUCACCAUCCUUGGGUACUCCGCCAAUGCCUCGGCUGUGCGCCUCGAAGUCUCGAAGGUGUCAGAUCACUAUGCCGUCCACUACGCAGCAGCUUUCUGGCUGAUCAUCAAGCUCACGCGGGUCAUCAUCCUUCUGCUCUAUGCGUAUCGUCUCCCGGACUUCCGAUCCUCUCAGAUCCUCCAAGCGGUAGCUGUCCUGAUCCCGAUGUUCCUAUAUCUCCCGCUGCUUUGGACCAAGCAUCGCCACAUGCACAUCAUCCUCGCCACGCUAGGCUUGGUAUUCGAUGUCGUCAGGGUCGAUCUGCUGGUAUGGAACAUUGUCGGCAGAUGGCAGGCGAGACGAGACGGAAAGGUCAAGGUCCGGUGGUGGAGCAUGCCGAAGCUCAAACCUGGAAUCCGGAUCCCAGCCAUGAACAUCGAGCAUGCUAUCGAGCGGUAUUCAGCCUUUCUCGUCAUUGUUCUUGGCGAGCUCAUCAUGAACCUACUCUACACCGCGUCAAAGAAGGAUCUCGGGCUCUCUGUGAAGUUCGGCCGUGCGACGCUGGGUAUGAUGACAGCUUGGGCCUUGAAUUACUUAUCAUUGCUGCCGUCCGAGCCGAACUCUGAAUACGAGCACGCAUUACGCCGCAGCUGGUUCUCGGGAAUCUGCUUCAGCGUCUUUCACUGGCCUCUUGUCGCUUCCUUGCUCCUGGCCUCGGCGGGGGCGAAGCAUCUUGUCGACGAGACCCAGGUGGAAGAGGGGACGAGGUGGUACUGGUCGACUGGACUGGGUGUGGCGAUUCUGUUCCUUGGCCUGAUCGAUGCGACUCAUCGCGAUCUUGCGCCAAGAUUCGCAACUAAGAUACCCAGGUUCCUCCGCCAAAUCUUCACCCUCAUCACUGCCGUCUCCCUCAUUCUCUCCCCUCUAACCGCUCCCAUCCAGCGAAUGACUUCCAUCCAGCUUCUCGGCGUGGCAGUAGCGGCCACAUGGGGUCUCCUCAUCGUCCAAGUGCUCGGAUCACUGCCGCGGGCUGGCUAUCGCGGAGUCAAGCUGGACGACGAAGGUGAGAGUGUUGUGGAGCAGGAAAGGGAUGCAGAGGCUGCGGAGGCUGCCGGUGAGGGACAGGAUGCAGAAGGACCAGAGGGGGAGGAAGGGGAGGCAUACAUUUGA